CUACGCCACAUUUGCGUCCUACGUGGGGGCCCUUAUCGUCGUAACCUGCGCAUUGAAUGUCGUGACCAGAUUCCAGAAUCUUCCUCCUGGUCAGAGCCAGAUUCAAGUGAUCUCUUCCAAAACCGCCUAUUUUCCGCUUCUUGCCGCAUUCUAGCGUCAUGGCUGCCGUCCACGCAGUCCGGGCCAGCUCCUUGUCAGCAGGCGCUGCACGGGCGGUGACGGCAGCUUCCUCCUGCGCCGUCUCUCGCUCCACAGCUUGCAGAGCCGUUUUCAGCCGUGUUCCUGCCGCCCGCUCUGUUGCUCGGACGCCCACUUUCUUGGGAGGGGCCGCUAAGCUCCCGGUGGUCCAGGCGGUGAAGACUGCCACCAGGCAGAUCUGCAGCAGCACGAUCAGAUCCAAGUAUGUUGUGAAGACGGAGGGCGCCCCCGACUCGCUCGAGUUCCGCGCUUUCAUCCAGGAUGACGAGGGCAACACGGUCUCUCCGUGGCAUGACAUCCCACUCAAGGCUGGUGACGGCCUUUAUAACUUCAUCUGCGAGAUCCCCAAGGAGACAAAAGCAAAGAUGGAAGUAGCCACAGAUGAGUCUAGCACUCCAAUCAAGCAGGACACAAAGAAGGGCAAGCUGCGAUUCUACCCGUACAACAUCAACUGGAAUUACGGUAUGCUGCCACAGACAUGGGAAGACCCGUCCCAUGCCAACCCUGAUGUGAAGAACAGCCUGGGGGACAACGAUCCGGUUGACGUCGUGGAGAUCAGCGACCGCGUGGCAGAGAUUGGCGAGGUGUACGCAGUGAAGCCGCUGGCGGUGCUGGCCAUGAUCGACGAGGGCGAGCUGGACUGGAAGGUGGUGGCUAUCCGCGCGGACGACCCCAAGGCCGACAAGGUGUCCGACAUCGAGGACGUCGAGCGCGAGUUCCCCGGGACCCUGGAGGCCAUCCGCGUUUGGUUCAGGGACUACAAGACCCCCGACGGCAAGCCACAGAACGAGUUUGGCUUUGACGACAAGCCUCAGUCAGCUGCCUAUGCCAAGAAGGUCAUCGAGGAGACCAACCAAUUCUGGUCCAAGCUCGUGACGAGAGUGACGGAUAAGGGUGACCUCUCUCUGGUUUAGGUACUGCUUACGAAUUGUAUCAUGAGGUAAAGAUACUCAGAGCUUCUACAGAAGAGAAAACAUAAGUACAGUCCCGGCCUGAUUGUUUGUGGGAGCAUUGUGCUGCAGCCUAAGAGUCAAACGAUUUUGUCACUGAACAGGUUCAGUUGGAUACUUCGAUCUGUUGGUUUAUUGACUUUGUUGCGUAUUGGCGGCAUGCACUUGAAGCACUUACGGUUUACCGUUGUCAGGAUCUGGAUGCGUUGAUUGGUUGAUGGCCUGCCCUACCGCAAAACUGGUUUCUAGUUCUGGCUGCCCCGCGGCCCUG